AUGAACGCUCGCAAUGGAUUUAAUCUUUUGGUGCCUCACGACAACGACGCGAUCCAGCCGUCUAAUAUGUGGAGACCGUGGAUUAGAACCGAGACGACAGCUGCUAUUAUGGCUCCUUUCAAUCCUGCUGAAACACCUAAACCAGCCCUUUUUGUUCACCCAGUCAAGUUGUACUGGCCUAAAACGAAAUGCUUUGACUAUCUGUACCGGGAAGCCGAGGUACUCCUUCGGAACUAUCCAGUCCAAGCCACAAUCUGUCCUUAUGAAGACUCUUCGUCCAGUGAGGAAGACACAGAGGAAGAAGAAGAGGAUGAAUAUGAUUAUAGUGAUGAUGAAGCUGACCAGGAGGAGACAGAGUUGAUAGAGACGGAAGAGCUUAACUAG